GUUGUAUUUAAAUUCAUGUCAUUUUUAGCAUUAAAACAGACUUACGUCAAGUCAAAACUAUCACUGUGUGAGUUGCACUGCAAGGUUGAUCGGCAUAAGUACAUUCUGGUUUUUAAAGAAAUAAACGAACGCUUCCACAAAAGUUUAAUUGUUUUGGCUCUCCGUUAAUGCGCGGAAUGGUCAAUUCCAUAAGCGAAAGUUACAAAAGCCAAGCAAUAUGCGAUUUAUUGCUGCAAAUGCAGGCAUUAUUCUGGAGAACGUAUAGCGAGGAUUAUUCAAGAUUGACUAUACUAACACGAACAAUCAACUCGCGGACACGCUCUCGGGGUCUAAAUUUAAGUAUUGAGAUCAAGCCCUUGGAGAAGCUUGUACACCACUAGCGAGUAGGAAUGGUGAGAUGACACCGUUUAUUUUCUGAAGGAAAGACCGUUGACGUCGUAAAAAUCAGCGUUUUUCCUGCAAUGAUGGUCGUUACUUGUUCUUCUUCAUCAAAGCUCCUGUAUAUCGAUCGUUUGACAAAGUGCUGAGUAACUCUCCGGAAUUAUACAUCCCGUCUUUUAAACUCAUGUUGUGAACCUUUGCGUCGGAAUCUUCAUUUCGUGACGAAUGUCUGAGUCUCAUUGAAUGUGAAAAGUAUUUUCGGACUCGCAUCAUUUUUAGUGUAAUGCUGGCGAAAAAUUGAUAGAUCGUCU